AUGGUGGGUGAGGGGGCGCAGCAUGCCUCGUUUCUCAUUUACCAUAAUUGUCUGCCCAUAACUGUGACUAUCUCCGUCGUUCAUGCAUGGUGCACGAGGGAGGAGAGAAGGGCACUGUGGAGUGGCCUGCUGCGGGACAAACCCUUGCAUGGGCCGUGGCUAGUUGGAGGGGACUUUAACGUUGUGGUUGAGGCGGGGGAAAAGAAAAGAGGGUUGCCUUUCUGUUUAUUAGAGGCGCUUGACUUUUUGGACUUCAUGUCCUCCGCGGAGCUGUUUGAUGCUGGUUUCUCGGGCUCCUCGUUUAUGUGGUGUAAUAAUCGCUUGGGUCGGGCAAGAAUUUGGAAACGGCUGGACCGGCUUUUACUUAAUGCCUCAUGCUAUGAUGUUGGUCUUGCAGUGUCGGUCUCCCAUCUAGCUAGGGACCCGUCUGAUCACUCUCGCCUCUUGCUCUCUGUCAAGACACUGGAGGAGGGGAAGCCCCGCCCCUUUCGAUUUAUAAAUGCGUGGACCACCCAUGCUAGAUUUAGGGAUGUUGUUCAGCGGGCAGAGGAGGCCGUACUUGAAGCAGAGAAGCGGGUGGAAGAGGAUGGGUCAAGUGAUGCCCAGGAGUCAUUACAACGUGCCAAUGUUGAGUGGCGGCGUUGUUUGCUGGUGGAGGAGAAUUUUUGGAGGCAAACAGCAAAGGUCCUAUGGCUAGGCUUGGGGGACAAGAACACUAAGUUCUUCCACUCGGCAGUUAAGCAGAGGAGACUACAAUCUUUUGUUCAUUGGAUCCAGGAUGAUCAAGGCAACUGGAUUGCUUCUGAGAAGGGCAUUGGUGCGCUUCUGAGAAGGGCAUUGGUGCUGUGGCUGUUCGUUAUUUCUCAUCUCUUCUUGGGAUUUAUCAUCCAUUAUCCCCAGACUAAUUCAAGACUCCGACAAUGA